AUGACUGACGCCGCGAAUAAUGGCAUCGUGCUGUAUCAUUACAGCUUCUCGCCCUACGCCCGCCGGGUGAUCUGGUAUCUGGCGCUGCGUGGCAUCGACUAUGCUGAAUGCAAACAACCUCCCAUCAUGCCCCGGCCGGAUUUGGAGGCUAUCGGCGUCAACUAUCGGCGGAUACCGAUUUGCGCCAUUGGCAAGGACGUCUACUGUGACACGCGCAUCAUUAUCAGGAAGCUGGAGGAGUUAUUCCCGGACGGUGCGUUGGGGGCUACAGACGCCGACCAACGGGCGAUGCAGAAACUGCUCGAAGUGUGGAAGAUCGAAGCCGGGGUGUUCGUCAGAGGCUCGCAGCUGAUCCCGUCUGAUACGCCAAUUGUCAAGGACGUCAAAUUCCAGAAAGACAGAGAGAAUUUCUCUGGGCGGCCGUGGAGCAAGGAGGUCGUCGAUGCCAAUAGGCCCGAGGCAGUCGCUGCCAUAAGGAACAGCUUCAAGUUCCUUGAGACGACGCUGUUGGCGGAUAAUAGAGAAUGGGUUCUGAAGACGGACAAGCCUUCGCUAGCCGAUAUCGAAGCGGUCUGGGUGUUUCACUGGAUGAAGGGCCUCAAAGGAGCGCUGCCGUCAGAUGUCAUCUCCCCGAAGCACUAUCCCAAGGUGUUCGCCUGGAUCGACCGCUUCGAUCGCGCCUGCAACGACGCGAAGAAAAGGGCGCCAAAGCCGACGGCCUUGAAAGGAGACGUGGCUGCAAAACGGGUACUUGACGCGAAGUUCGCAGGACAGGACAUAGGUGUGAACGCAACGGACCCUCUUGGGUUGACCAAGGGGCAAGAAGUAGAGGUGUGGCCUACCGAUUCUGGCUUCCGCCAACGUGACCGCGGGUCAUUGAUCGGCUUGGACGACGAUGAAGUGGUCAUUGCAGCGGGGAAUGGCGUCCGUCUUCAUUUCCCUCGAACCGGCUUCCGCGUCGCUGCAAUAGACGCCAGGUCCAAGCUAUGA